UUCGAUACCGUUUAUCUCUUCUUGCUCGUUUUUCUUUUGCUUUUUCAGUCAGACUAAAAUUAUUUCAGUUUUUUAAGACUGCCAAAAGAUGUUGUGGGUGUUCCUUUUAAUUAAUGUCUGGUUAUGUAGCGGCGCAUAUGGCCAAGUUCGAGUUUACAUGAUCCAUCUUAACGGCUCGGCCGCUGCCGACAAAGUAACGGGAUUUCUCAACGAUUAUGUCGCCGCGGUAAUGGCGCAGGCCAAUUUAACCUACACGGUCACACAACAACCCGACUCGCGUUACGGUGCGCUACAGGCGGAUGGAACGUGGAAUGGUCUUGUUGGAAGCCUAGUAAACAAGUCGGCCGAUAUCGUCGCAGCCGACUUGACUAUCACAUCCAUCCGUGAUACCGUCAUCGAUUUUACCGAUCCAUACACACCGGUCCAUCUGCGCGUGGUCAUCAACAUAAACGCCUCGAGCGCUGAUGGGUUGAAGUACCUGGUUACUAAAGACUCCUCCGAUCAGAUUUUCAUACAAUCAUCCAAAGAGCCAAAAAUCCAGGCAAUCUGGGCCAACAUCCAGGCCAAUAACGGUUUUGUGGACAACUACCAGGUUGGUUUGGAUAAAGUCCUAUCGGGCGGGUACGCCCUGAUUAUGGAGAGCGUGGCGGGCGGUGCGUUCAACGCCGCCAAUCCGGGUGUGGCAAAGAUCACGGACGAUGUUCUCUGGGAAACGUAUUAUGCCUUUGGUGUACAGCAAGGUUCGCCGCUGCGGCUACAACUGUCCCGGGUCAUUGAGAAACUGAAUGCCAUUGGGACGACUCAAACGCUGUUCGCUAAAUGGGGACUUACUGAUCGACUCUGAGCGAUUACCAUGUAGGAAGUAGGAACAGCAACUGAAAGCAGUAAAAGCGACUUUAUGUCGAUCACAAUGUUGAAGAAACUGGCCUCCUGCGGCAGAAGUUUGCUUUUGUUAGUACACAUAGUUGUCCAGUAAUUGUUUACGUAUGUGAUUAUUCGACACAGCAGCUGUGUUAUAAAUUAUGCGCAGCAAGUACAGUACUCACAAGCGUUGCAUCAGAUAAC